UAGCCUUAAAUAUAAUAAGGACAUCGAAAUCGAGUGUUAAACGAUAGAUUUCCAAACGCAGCUGACUGGGCGGAUUCGUUCAUCUGUUAAACUCAAUACUUGGAAUCGGUUGUUGUUUAUAUUUGUCAAAUAGUUCUAUUGUUCCCUAAACUUAUUAUUCAUGCCAAAAUGAUGCAUUGUGAGCGGUGAUUCGUUAGUUCGGAUGCAGGGUUGUCUCGAGUAUUUAAAAGCGCUGGUUUGUUAAAGAACCAGAUGAUUGUCAACCCACUAACAGAGAAUAACGGUUUCUAUUAUGAAAAUGUAAAAUAACUACUUAAACCGUUAUUUAUACAAAAAGUUGGAGAUAAUGUACAUUAAAUCAAUUCGAAAUCGAUCUGGAGGAAUUGUUUGGAAAGUCUUUUCUUGUGAAUAAAAGACAGAUGUUAUAACAAGUUAAAAAAAAGUAUAUAUAAAAAGGGAACUUAAAAAUGAAUGAAGACAAGCGUGCCAUAGAAAAUAUAUAUACACAGUUGUUAAUCUAAAUUUCAUCAUGCCAAGGUCGUUUUUGGUUAAGAAAAAAAUAGAUCACCACGAGAAAGUAUCCAAUUACCACUACCAGAGGUUACGAGCGGUGUAUGAUGAUUCUUUGGAGAGUAUAAAGGCCGUGGUUCCAUUCACACCCAGUAUACAGCCAUUAACAGUCAGAUUAAACAAUGGCUACAUGCAAGACAUUGUUAUUCCAUCAUCACUACAGCAAAAAGCAAACAUCCCUGAUGAAUCUGGACGAAUAUCUGAACCCGACAUUCCGUCCUGCAAUAAUGAAGAAACAGAAAAUAUAUCACUUGUAUCGUCAUCAUCUCCGCAAAUUUUUGUUGACGACAUUGAAAAUGAAGGGAUAACCAUCGGUUAUACUUAUGAUUCCUUCUUCAUCAGCGACGGACGAUCCAGACGAAAAUCCAUUGAGAAGGUAACCAGGCAACGGUAUACCUGCAAUGAAUGCGGUAAGGACUACGCUACGUCAUCAAAUCUUUCCCGCCAUAAACAGACGCACAGAAGUAUCGACAGUCAGUCAGCCAAGAAAUGUCCUCACUGUGACAAAGUCUACGUAAGCAUGCCAGCUUUGUCAAUGCAUAUUCUAACACAUAAUCUAAAACACACAUGUGACAUAUGUAACAAAUCGUUUUCAAGGCCAUGGCUCCUUCAAGGUCACAGACGAUCACAUACUGGAGAGAAACCGUUUGGGUGUGCCCACUGCGGCAAAGCAUUCGCAGAUAGGUCCAAUCUUAGAGCACACAUGCAGACUCAUUCAGCCUUUAAACAUUAUACAUGUAAAAGAUGUAACAAAUCGUUUGCUUUAAAGUCGUACUUAAAUAAACACUAUGAAUCCGCAUGCAUAAAAGAUGGAAGCGAGUGUUUUUCUGACUCAAGUUCUGUAAGAGAUACAUAUGAAUAUGAAAACUCGAAUAGUUCUUGUUAAUUGAGACUAAAUAGCUAAAUGACGUUUUGAUUACAUACAUUUUAUUUCCUAAGCCUUAUAAAGCUAAGGAAAAAACGUUGCUAACUUUACUCAUAAAUGAAGAUAGUCGAACAUGAGAACAUACAGGACAAUAAUUUACAAUGUUGAUAAAUAUCAGCCGAAUAUUGAAAGUCUUUACUGAAUACAGAAAUGAUGAACAAAAUCUAUGGAAUAAUGGAAAUAUGAAAAUUAAUUCCUAGAAGUUUGUGUCCUCAUUCAAAGGUUGUGUAAGAUUGUAUUUUUGCACAUGUAUAUUUGACCAAGCUUAUUUUUGCACUGACAAGCUUCCUUACCAUGAAGUAUUUAUAUUUAUGAAGUUGUUUUCUUGUUAUCAAAUAUGCACAUAUGUCCUCUAUUUUAGAUACUUACUUUUAUACUAAAUAUAUAUCUAGUUUUAGAAAACCUUUUUAUAAAUGUCAUCAACGAAAAUAGCGUAGAAAUUUACUCACUCACUCACUCACUCACUUAUUCAUUCAUUCAUU